UCUAGCCCGAGAAGUGAGUCAAGACCCCUCGAUAGAAGCUAACCUGUUUGGUCUACGUGUUGAGGCGCGGAAUUGUGUUGAUUGUGCACCGUCACCAUGGUGGACCUUAGGUCUGGCACUAGCACCACCCCCUACAGCAAGGAGCAAGAGGAAAGAGCUGCCGCUAUUCUGCGAGAGAGGAAGGAGAGAAUGGAGAAGAGGGAGUUAAUCAAGCAGGCCAAGAUGGUGGCCCUGAUGGAGGAGCAAGAAGCGAAGAAGAAGCAAAUGGAGGAGGAGCUGAAGAGGGAGCUGGAGGUGAAGCUGGUGACUAUACAAGAGGAGGUGGAGAAAGAAGAACAAGAAGAAAAAGUAGUAGUAGAGGAAGAAGAGUCGUUGGAGAGAAGGAGAGGAGAAGGUAGCACAAGCAAAGAAAUCGAGAUUGCAAAGAUUGCAGAGUGGGCCACACAUUUGGAGUUGGGGGAAGACAGGGAGGCGGAGAUGGCCAUACCCCAGGAAGAGAGAAGCAGCGAGGAGGCAAACAAUAGUAGGAUGCGUGUUGAAGAGUAUGUUGAGGGGGUCGACGCCUACUUUCGCCUAGAGAAAGAUGGGAAGGUAGAGAAGGUAUUGCACUCCUUGACCCUCCUCGUAGAAGAGAGUCUCCCGUUUGACAUUGUCCGAGGUACGGAUUGGGGAGAGGCAACAGGACCCACACUGCACCUUAGAGAGCAUGAGUGUAGGCUCCCUAACGAGUCAGGCGAAGUCUUGCAAUUCCGCCUGUUCCAUGAGUCCGGGGUAGAUAAUCCCCUUGCCCAUUGCUGCUUUAGCGCUCCUGCAUUCGCCAGACUUGUGCGAAAGGAGCAGCUUGAAGAACAGGUGUUUGUAGCCUAUGUUAGGCCGAUUCCUAAUCAGCCAAAGGAAGAGGAGAAGAUCCAUCCUACUAUCGCCAGUCUGCUGGAAGAAUACAAGGAUUUAUCUGAAGCACCCUCAGGAGUAGUGUCCAGACCGAUCCAGCACCGUAUAGAGAUAGAACCUGGCAGUAGAAAGCCUAAGGGGGCAGUUUAUAAGAUGCCUCCUAAGGAGUUAGAGGAGCUUCGCAGACAGUUAGAUGAGCUCCUAGAAAAAGGAUGGAUCAGACCUAGCUCGUCACCAUUUGGCGCACCUGUUCUAUUCGUCCCAAAGAAAGAGGGGGAACUACGUAUGUGCAUAGACUACAGGGGACUGAACGCCAUCACAAUUAAGAAUGCAGAGCCAUUUCCCCGUAUAGACGCCUUGUUGGAUCGUGUGCAGGGAUGCAAGUAUUUCUCAAAAAUAGAUCUGAAAUCGGGAUAUCAUCAGAUAGAAGUGCACCUUGAUGAUCAGUAUAAGACGGCGUUCAGGACGAGUGGGUCAGACCCUCUUGAUGAUAGAGCUGACGGUAGGAGACUAACACAUGCACAUGCACUAAGGGUACCGCACGUGUUCCAGGCCUUGGAACCAGGAGAAGAAAGACGGUUACGUAGAGCCCGUGCUCUAGCAGCGGGGAUAGCAGCAGCAAACGCAGCAGCUAGAGAGCAGGCAACAGCAGCCAGAGCAGCAGCAAUGGCUAACGGCGCAAGCUCUGCUGCGUCAUCGUCUGCGUCCUCGUCAGGGACUAAUGGGGGUCAGUUGGGUAUGCCAACGAGUUCCACAAGUUCCUCGGGCACUUCCGGUUCCACAGGAUCUAGACAGUCUUCUAGUCAAAUGGCGGGCGCGCAGUUCAGCCCGUUGACCCCGCGUGAGAGGGAGCUCAGAGAGAUCCAGCAGGUCGAGAGGCUCCGCCGUAAGUUAGAGCAGGACCUGAAAGAUGAUACCGAUAGAGAAAAUGCGAUGAAAACUAGAGCAGCCUGGCUUGAAACUUUCGAGGCUGACAAGGCUGAAUUAGAGGGCUUGGAUGAGUCAGCAUUGACUGAACCACUAAAAGUAUUGAAGAAGAAUACGAUGUCAUUGCACGCACACGUGGACAGCAAAUUAGACUUCAUGCAGAGCACUCUAGACCAGAUCCUGGAUGCUUUGACGAGGCCAGGAUUCCGGCCACCAGCACAAUCGUCGUUGUCGUUAUCGGCGAUGUCAGGCCUUCCGGUUCAAGCUGGCACACAGCCAAGUGGCACAUCUGCAGCAGCCGCACAGACUGUUGCAUCUUCUUCUUCGGGUCCAGCGGUGGUUGCUACACCAUGGCAACAGGCUAGUCCUCAACAAGGACAGCUGCAAGGUCAAUGGUACCCUAAGACCCCAAUGAAACCACCUCUUGCCUUCUCAGGAGAGAGAAAGGACGAGGAACUCAACACAUGGUUGAGAACGGUCCCGGUUUGGGUGAAGGCAAAGAGGACCUUGCCUGAGGACGAAGUGGUUACUACUGCAUCCUACCUCGAGGAUAAGUCUGUCGUGGUCUACCUAGAUGACAUUCUGAUCUUUAGUAAGUCUGCCGAGGAGCAUGCACAGCAUGUUGAGACGGUACUUUCACUCCUUCGACAGUACAAGUAUAAGGUCAACUUAGAGAAGUGUGAAUUCGGUCGCACUAAGAUACUAUACUUGGGUCGUGAAGUAUCCGCGGAAGGGAUUAGGCCGGAGGAUGCAAAGGUGGCUAGUAUUCGAGACUGGCCACGACCUCAGACUGUCACUGAGGUCAGAUCAUUCUUAGGAAUGUGCGGCUACUAUAGGAACUUCGUAAAGAACUAUUCUACAGUCGCCUCUCCUUUGACUGAUCUAACUCGACUUGACACACCGUGGGACUGGAGUGAUGAGUGCGAGGGUGCUUUCAAGAGAUUGAAGCAUGCACUCAUGAAUCAUGAGGUCCUCAUGGUUCCCGAUCCGCAGAAGCCAUUCAUAGUGACCACUGACGCAAGCCAAUACGACAUUGGCGCAGUGCUGGCUCAGCAGGAUGGGAAAAAGUUGAGACCGAUUGAGUACAUGAGUAAGAAGAUGCCAUCAAAGAAGUUGGUUAAGUCCACCUAUGAAAGGGAACUCUUUGCUCUCUACAAGGCACUUGUCCAUUGGAGACACUUCCUUUUGGGAAGAUUCUUCUAUCUGAGGACCGAUCAUCAGACCCUCAAAUGGAUCAAGACUCAACCGGCUCUUUCUGAUGCGCUCAAGCGAUGGAUUGAGAUCGUAGACCAAUAUGACUUCAAGCUUGAGUACCUGAAGGGAGAGUACAACAAGGUUGCAGACGCGCUAUUCCGUAGAGCAGACUACCUAGGUGCGCUAGUUUCUGACUUUGGCGUAUCUAAUGAAGUAACUCAAUCAUUGGUGGGAGCCUAUCAGGAAGACCCUGUCACGAUGGACAUCAUCCGCAAACUUCAGGCAAAAGACAAGGUCACAGAAAGUGAGUCUGUGAUGGUGGACGGGCUACUCUAUCUUGAUAAGGUCGGAAUAAAGAGAUUGGUAGUUUCAUCUAGUGAACAGUUGCGUAGUUUAUUUUUAGGAGAAUGCCAUGAUGCAACGGGUCACUUUGGCUACAAGAAAACGAGUGCUAAUCUAGUACAACGAUUUUGGUGGCCUGGUAUGUUUGAUGACGCAAAGAAGUACGUAGAGACCUAUCAGGUCUGUCAGCGGGACAAACCGCGAACUCAAGCACCGCUAGGGUUACUUAAGCCCUUACCUAUUCCCGCUGGUCCAGGACAGAGUGUUUCCAUGGAUUUCAUGGACACCCUGGUAACUAGCAAGAGUGGUAAAAGGCACAUCUUCGUCAUCAUAGACCGAUUCACCAGGUACGCUAGACUAGUUGUCAUGCCGGAAAGUGCGAGGACUGACCAUGUCAUCAAGUUGUUUAAGGACAACUGGGUGCGGGACUUUGGUUUACCAAAGACUAUCGUUAGUGAUAGAGACGUCCGAUUCACAAGUGAGCUAUGGAAGAAGACUGCGGAACAAAUGGGCAGUCAACUUCAGUAGACUUCAGGGAAUCAUCCCGAAGCCAACGGACAAGCCGAACAGAUGAAUAGAGUUGUACAGCACUUGCUGAGGCAUUACAUCAAGCCCAGCCAAGAUGAUUGGGAUGAGAAGUUGCCACUCAUCGCCAGUCUGUACAACAAUGUUGUGCACAGCAGCACCGGCAUGAGUCCUAACCAGCUACACUUGGGAUGGAAGCCUAGAUCCGCGUUAGACUUCCUCCUACCUAAAAACCGACCUGCUGCAACCCCAGGCACAUUGGAGUACGGUGUGCAUUAUGAGAAGUUGCUGCAAGAAGCUAUCGAGUACAUGAAGAAAGCUCAGCAAGCAAUGAUUGCUUCUGAGAAUCAACAUCGUAGACAGUC